CUGGUUCGUCUUCUUCUUCAAAACCGCGAAGAAAGUGAGAAGCCGCCGAGAAGUCCAUCGGAAAAUCCUCGCCGAACCAGAGGUUGCAGAAACCCUAAUGGCUGAAUUCAAUAGGAGGAAGGGGGAUUGGGCGAAUCUCCCGACUGACAUCAUGGGAAAAAUCAUCGAGAGACUUUGUUGGGUUGAUCGAAUCCGCCUCUUUGCCGUCUGCAAGAGCUGGGCGGUCCUCCGUUGCCUUGUUCUGGAAACCCCAGAUUUUCCAUGGAUGUUGAAAUUCCGAGGCGGGGGAACUCUGUUUGAGCUGUUAGAUCCCCUUGCGAAGAAGGGGUAUGUAUGUGAUGGACGGAUAGAGGAAAAAGAGAAACGGAUUUUCGCUAAUGCUAGUAUUAGGUGUUCGAGAUUUGGUUGGGUGCUUUUGCGCAGCAGAGCUAGUGAUUCCAGUGAUCCCAGAAGCUAUUUUGUCUCAACAUUCUUGUUCUCUCCUGUUACUGGAGAUCUCAUUAAGCUUCCAAAGCUAGAGGAAGAUUUUUACCUUACCAAUGUUGCAACUUUCUCCUUGAAUUCGACUUCCCCGGAGUGUAUGGUUUUCAUCUUUUGGCGAACAUGCUACUCUACCGGUUUCAGCAUAUGUCACCUUGGUGAUAUGACAUGGAAGACGUUUAAGCUUGAAGAUGAUAGGUAUCGUUCAUAUGAUCUGUGUCCGCUGGAUGCAACAUAUGUUGCUGGGUCUUUCUAUUGUCUUUUCUCAGAUGGGGAAGUGGGUGCCUUUGACACUGCACUUCAACAGUGGAAAUUGUUGGAACAAUGUGGCACUAAGCUUAAAUUUUCCUUUCGUUGUAAGCCACCAAAGUUCUUAAUUUCUGAUGCAAAUCUGCUCCUGCGUGAAUAUGAUAAUGAUCUCGUUCGAUUAUUGUGGAGGUAUGAUUUCUCAGAGAAGUGCUGGGCUGGUGAAAAUAGUGCGGGCAGUGAUGAGAAUAUAUUUAUCAGUCCAGGUUUAGCUGUUGAAGAUGCAAUUGAACUGGUUGAUACAUGUUUUCAAACCUUUGAUGGAAAGAGUUUCAAAGUUGCUCCAGGAGGAAUGUUUGCUGAAUUUUAUGAGUGGCUACCCAAUGAUAACGAGUCUGAGGAAAUCCAGAAAAUUUGGUUUGAUCAACGUUUUGUUUGGAGAAAACGUGAUCUACUUUAACAUAGUCAAGUUGCAUACCCUUCAUAUAGUUUUCUUUUCCAUUAGCUUCUAGUUACUCAGUUUAUAUUUUCAUGCACAAGUUUGACUAAGAGAACUAGUUUUUGUUUCCAAUGGUGUAGAUUUUAAGGGUAGCUAGAAGGGGGGAAAGGCAGAGGAGCUUUGUCUGGGAAAAGACUGUAAGGCAAAGAUUUGCAUUUCUCUCCUUUGUUUGAUUCUGGCAAAAAUUGUUGGACAGAGUCUGCAACUUCUCUUUGAUAAUACAGGGUGGUUUUUGUU